UAGGUAAAAUAUUCAAGCAGUUCUUGAAACCGAUCUCUGGAACGAAGUGACUUAAAGUCUGAAGUGAAGUUCAGAUCUUUAAAGUGAAGUUAAACAUGGGUGUCUAUACGAAGAAAUAUUUUUUCCAAACUAUGUUGAUAUUAUUGGUGGCCGUUAAGCAUUUGUCAUUCGUGGAAUGCGAUGAUGGCGUUAUCGAAUCGUGUCCUCAACAUUGCAGUUGUGAUGUGUACGAAUAUGAAAUUCAUGUCAAUUGCAGUGGACAAGACCUCACCGACAUUAUGAAUGAAGUUCCUAAAAUUGUUCAGGUUUUGGAUUUCAGUAAAAACAAUUUAACAACACUUGGCGACGAAUCAUUUUUGUACUUGUAUGACUUAGUAAACAUCAAGUUAUCCUACAACGCAAUUUAUCACAUUCAUGCAGAUGCUUUCAGAAGCUUGAUUUAUGUGGACACCAUUGAUCUUUCCAACAACUGUCUUACCUCAAUCGAUCCAAAUCUUUUCUCAUCGAACAUAGUACUUUAUUCCAUCACUUUGGAAGGAAAUAAGAUUGCAUAUUUUCCAAACGAACCCUUUAUCAUUAACGAAUCAAUUAAAUCGCUUAAUUUACGCAAUACUCAGCUCAGUUCAGUUAGUAAGACAAUGUUUUGUGAGAUGCCACAGUUAAUAGAAUUAAAUUUAGCCAAUAAUCUUCUUGUUGUCUUCAACCCGGAUGCUUUUGAGAAUGUGAAACACUUAAAAUUUCUUGAUUUAAGUUACAACUAUUGGGACUGUGACAAAAAUUUCGGUCUUGCAAUGUAUAAAUUACGCACAAGUGGACUGAGAGUUGACGAAACGUCUUGCAACAUUACAGUGGAGCUCGCAAUUGGAAAUGAAUCUCUAAAAAUAGAUACUUCGGACAAUCUCCAAAAGAUGGAUGAUAUUUGUGAUCAGUUGCGUGAAAAUCCUCAUUUAAAUAUGGAAGUACUGAAUAAAUAUUGUGGGUUUUUCGUAUCAACCACAGAAAAAAGUCCAUAUUUCGUAUGGCUUGAUUUUUCGGAUGAAAAGUUUAUGUUUAAUACUUUAAAUACAAUAAAUGCAUUUCUUUUGGGAAGUAUUAUGUGUGUACUUUCCCUAUUCUUAUUAAUGGCUUGCAUACUAUGUGUUCUUAGAGCUAGCAAUCGUCGUAACCAUCAUGAACAUGACGGAUUCCAAUAUAUAAUGCAUCCAAUUGACGCAAAUCAUGUGUUCUUUGGGUUAUUUGUUUAAAAAAUUUACUUACUUAUAGGACAUGUUGGCAGCCUAAUAUGAAGUCAUGUCAAAUAAUCAAUCUAUGAAGCGAUAUGUGGCCUCAAGAAGUCCUAAAUAUGUUUUUGUAGUUAUAGUGUGUUUGUUCAUUUAAAAUAUCUUUGUAGUUAUAGUGUGUUUGUUAAUAUUUAGGAU